CCUCGCCUCCCCUCCCUCAUCAGAUCCCACAGCCAACAAGAAAAAAAAGAAACUAAGCUGAGCUCGCCGCACCGCAGUACAGGCAGUCUCGUCUCUUCUCUCCGCUCCUCCCCUCCCUCGGCGGCGGCGGCGGCGGCGAUGGGGACGAAGGAGCCCGGCUCCCCGAGCCCCGACGACGCGGUGCUCUUCUUCGGGGUGGCCCUCGUGCUGGGCAUCGCCUCCCGCCACCUCCUCCGCGGCACCCGCGUCCCCUACACCGUCGCCCUCCUCGUCCUCGGCGUCGCCCUCGGCGGCCUCGAGUACGGGACCAAGCAUGGCCUCGGCAAGCUCGGAGCCGGCAUCCGUAUCUGGGCUGCCAUAAAUCCUGAUCUCCUUCUUGCCGUCUUCCUCCCCGCCCUCCUCUUCGAGAGCUCCUUCUCCAUGGAAGUGCACCAGAUCAAGAAAUGCAUGGCGCAGAUGGUGUUACUUGCCGUCCCAGGCGUGGUGAUCUCAACAGUUUUGCUUGGCGCUGCUGUAAAGCUCACUUUUCCAUAUGACUGGAACUGGAAAACAUCAUUCUUGUUCAGUGGACUGCUUAGUGCAACCGACCCUGUUGCCGUGGUUGCUCUUCUAAAAGACCUAGGAGCAAGCAAAAAGCUCAGUACAAUAAUUGAAGGAGAGUCCUUGAUGAAUGACGGGACUGCUAUUGUUGUCUAUCAGCUAUUCUAUCGAAUGGUGCUUGGAAAAACUUUCGAUGCAGGGUCCAUCAUAAAGUUCUUGUCACAAGUUUCACUUGGAGCUGUUGCUCUGGGCCUUGCGUUUGGAAUUGCAUCAGUACUAUGGCUGGGCUUUAUUUUCAAUGAUACAAUCAUAGAGAUUUCACUUACCGUUGCUGUCAGCUAUAUUGCUUUCUUCACUGCGCAAGAUGCAUUGGAGGUCUCUGGUGUUUUAGCCGUCAUGACCUUGGGGAUGUUCUAUGCUGCUUUUGCAAAAACUGCUUUUAAGGGUGACAGCCAGCAAAGUUUACAUCAUUUCUGGGAAAUGGUUGCUUACAUUGCAAACACACUUAUUUUCAUACUGAGUGGGGUUGUUAUUGCAGAUGGCGUACUACAAGAUAAUAUUCAUUUUGAGAGGCAUGGCACAUCAUGGGGGUUCCUUCUUCUGCUCUAUGUUUUUGUGCAAAUAUCGCGUGCUGUAGUUGUCGGUGUUUUGUAUCCACUGUUGCGUCACUUUGGGUAUGGUAUGGACAUCAAAGAAGCCACAGUUCUUGUUUGGUCAGGAUUGCGUGGAGCUGUUGCUCUAUCACUUUCUCUGUCCGUUAAACGUGCUAGUGAUUCAGUUCAAACUUAUCUGAAACCAGAAGUUGGAACAAUGUUUGUGUUCUUCACAGGUGGCAUCGUGUUUCUGACUUUGAUUUUGAAUGGUUCCACCACACAAUUUUUGUUGCACCUACUUGGUCUGGGAAAAUUGUCAGCAACGAAGCUUCGUGUAUUGAAGUAUACACAAUAUGAAAUGCUAAACAAGGCAUUGGAGGCUUUUGGUGAUCUCAGGGAUGAUGAGGAACUUGGGCCUGUUGAUUGGGUUAAUGUGAAGAAAUAUAUCACAUGUUUGAAUAACUUGGAAGAUGAACAAGCACAUCCCCACGAUGUUCCUGACAAGGAUGAUCACGUACAUACCAUGAAUUUGAAGGAUACUCGAGUGCGGCUUUUGAAUGGUGUGCAAGCUGCUUACUGGGGAAUGCUUGAAGAGGGACGAAUAACUCAAUCUACAGCAAAUAUUUUAAUGAGAUCAGUUGAUGAAGCUAUGGAUCUUGUCUCUAGCCAGUCAUUAUGUGAUUGGAAGGGUUUGCGGUCCAAUGUUCAUUUCCCAAAUUACUAUAGGUUCCUUCAGAUGAGCAGGUUGCCACGAAGGCUUGUCACAUACUUCACAGUAGAAAGAUUGGAGUUAGGAUGUUACAUCUGCGCGGCAUUUCUCCGUGCUCACAGAAUUGCGAGGAGACAACUACAUGAUUUCCUUGGUGAUAGUGAGAUUGCAAGAAUUGUCAUCGAUGAAAGUAUUGCUGCUGGGGAGGAAGCUAAAAAGUUUCUGGAAGAUGUUCGUGUUACAUUCCCUCAGGUGCUUCGUGUAUUGAAGACUCGACAAGUAACAUAUGCGGUAUUGACACACUUGAGUGAGUAUAUUCAAGACCUUGGGAAGACUGGGUUGCUCGAGGAAAAGGAAAUAGUCCAUCUCGAUGAUGCUUUGCAGACAGACUUGAAGAAGCUUAAGAGGAAUCCGCCACUGGUGAAAAUGCCAAGAGUUCGCGAACUUCUAAAUACCCAUCCUUUAGUUGGUGCACUGCCUGCUGCUCUUCGUGAUCCAUUGUUAAGUAACACAAAGGAAACAAUAAAAGGGCAUGGAACAGUUCUUUACACAGAAGGCUCAAGACCGACUGGCGUAUGGCUUGUUUCGAGUGGAAUAGUAAAGUGGACAAGUCAGAGACUAUGCACGAGGCAUUCAUUGGAUCCAAUUUUGUCACAUGGAAGCACUUUGGGUCUAUAUGAGGCACUAAUUGGAAAGCCUUAUAUUUGUGACAUUAUUACAGAAUCGGUGGUGCAUUGUUUCUUCAUUGAGGCUGAAAAAAUAGAGCAAUUGCGCCAGUCUGAUCCUUCUAUUGAGGAUUUUAUGUGGCAGGAGAGUGCUCUAGUUAUUGCAAGGAUUUUGCUCCCUCAGAUAUUUGAGAAAAUGGCAAUGCGUGAGAUGAGGGUUCUCAUUUCAGAAAGAUCUACUACGAAUGUCUACAUUAAGGGGGAAGAAAUUGAACUCAGGCAUAAUUACAUAGGCAUCUUAUUGGAGGGAUUUCUGAAGACAGAGAACCGAACUUUGAUCACACCUCCAGCUGUGCUGCUGCCGUCAAACACUGAUUUGAACUUAUUUGGCCUGCAGUCUUCAGCCAUGAAUCAGAUAGACUACUGUUAUACUGCUCCCAGUUAUCAGGUGGAGGCUAGAGCAAGGGUCAUCUUAUUUGAAAUGAGGAGGCCAGAUAUAGAAUCCGAUCUGCAAAGAAGUGCAUCGUUGCUUUCUCCAGCACUCGGACCGUCACGAACACAGAGCAAAGAGCAUGUCGGUUUGCUCAGGUGGCCGGAGAGUUUCCGGAAAUCCAGAGGGCCUGGAAAUGCAAGCUUAGCUGAAAUCAGAAGCCAGUCUGGUAGCUUCUCUGCUAGAGCCUUGCAAGUCAGCAUGUAUGGCAGCAUGAUGGAUGGCAUGCGCCCUGCUCGGCGGCAACCGAGGCUUGAUCAUGUGGAAGCGAACCAGAAGCACAGCGCGUCGUAUCCAAAGGUGCCUUCAAGGGCAGCCGACACGCGGCCUCUGCUGUCGGUGAGGUCGGAGGGCUCCAAUGCGAUGAGCAGAAAAUCUGCUCCUGCUCCAGCUAUAGCUCCUCCACUCGCUUCCUUUCUGCCACCCCUAGCAGCAGGACGGCAACGCCGAGCGGUAGGAGAAGAUGACGACUCGAGCGAUGAGUCCGUGGGGGAAGAAGUUAUCGUCAGAGUGGACUCUCCCAGCAUGCUCUCGUUCAAUCCACCCUCCGGCCCACCGCGAGGCAGCUGACGGUUGCAGUAUGUACCGAUAUUUUCUUCUUGUUGUAUAAUAAAUUUUUUGACCAAUGGUACCAUGGUGUAUGUAUAUCUGUAUAUGUGUAAAAUGCACGAUAUGUUGUACUGUAUAAUAAAUGGCAGAAAAAGGCUGUGGCAACUUCAACUUGUAAUGUGGUGUAACUGGAAGCCUGGGAUAACCCUGUAGAUGAUUCUACUUCCCUUUUUUUUGCUCUGA